AUGUCUAAGUAAAGUAAAGGAUAAAAUCAAAAUUAAGAUGGGUUAACUUAGGAAUUGGAUGCUUAACGAAGAGACCUUAUGAAGGCAAUAUCGACUCAUAAAAAUAUGAAAGAUCGUCUUGAUAGAAUGGAAAAUGAGAGAGAUAAAUUUGGGAAUGAGAAUGUGGAGGUGAAGAGGAAAUUAUCGGAUGAAAAAAAAGAGCUAAUAGAUUUGAUUGAAUUUCAUAAAAAGGAAAAGGAGGAGUUGAGAGAGGAAAAACAGAAAAUUGAGUUUGAGUAUGGAGUGUUACAAAGGAAGAUGGCUGAUAUAGAUGAGGAUUACAAGAAAAUGAUGGAGAAGUAAAGGCAACUGUUUGAGGCAGAUAAAUAACCAUUGCUUGAUAAAAUAAAAUAUUUGGAAGCCCGAUUGGAGAAGAUUGAUAGUUUUUUACAGACAAAGGCUGACUUAGAAAAUGAGAGAGCAAAAUUGAUAGAAACAUUGGCAUAAGAAAGGAAGGAUAAACAGAGGGAAUUAGCAGAUAAGGAGAAAGAGAAAGUAAAGGAAACAGAUCAAUUAAAGAAAGAAAUGCUUCAUAAAAUACAGGAAACAAAGUCAUCAUUGUUGGCAUUGAAAAAAGAAUAAUUGGAAACUACAACUAGAUUAACAGUCUUACAAAAUCAUUAACUGACUACAGAACUGGAAUAUCAAUCAAAGCAGACAGAAAAAUUGUUGUUCAAGAAUUCAAAGUUAUCAGAAUAAGUAACAAGUUUAAAGAGAGAUAUAGAAAUUCAUAAAUAAGUUGAAUAGGAAUUGGCAAAGAGAUCUCAUUUCUCUUAGAAACUAAUCAAGAAAUUGACAGCAAAGAUUAAAGAGUUAGAGGACUAAUAAGAAUAAUAACAAUUAGAAGAAUAGGAAUAGAAUCCAUAACAGAAGGAGAUUCCAUAGGAGGUAGAGAAGAUGAAGGAAUAAGAGAUUAUUUAAUUGGAGAAAAAAAUAGCGAAAUUAUAAAAUGAUAAUGACAUAUUAAGAAAUGAGAAUAAUCAUCUCCUUACUAGAUUAGAUACUAUAAGAUUGGAGGAGAAUAAGUUUGCCAAUUUAUCAGUUAUUUUAGCAAGUAAUUUGGAGUAUUUAAAGAAUAAUUCCAAUGAAGAUAUAAAGGAAGUGAUCGACCUAUAGGAAUUACGUGAGAAGAGUGUGAAUGAUUGGACAUCAAAUUAGAAAACUGCAAUAAUGAGUAUUCUAUUGAUGUAAGCUUAACAAUACUUGACAAAGAAGAAUCUAAAUUUGUCCGAUACUAAUUAGAUAAACAACAAUAAUACUAUGGCAGAGAAUGUCACGAUAGUAGAUAAUGCAAACAAAUCAGUCUAAUUGCCAAAAAUAAAAUAAGAUGAAGAACAAACAUCCCAAUAAGUCUCAAAAAGAUUUUAAGGUGUCUCACUUGAUAUUAGCACCUAAAUAGUGAAGAGCAAUCUGAGAGAUUGGGGUAAACCGGCAGCAUCAUAGCAAUCCAGCUAGUUAUCCAGAAAAUAUAAGUUAAAAUGAUUAUUAAUAUUAUUAUUAUCCUACCCUCUGUGGGAGAAGAAAAAACAUAAAUGAAUCUUAUCA